AUGAUUGAGAAUAAAAAGAAUGACAACAAAGGAAUAUUCAAAGUUAAUAAAUGGUCUGCAGUAGCUGCAUGGUCAUGGGAUAUCAGUGUGGAUAAUUGUGCUAUUUGUAGAAAUCAUAUAAUGGAUUUAUGUAUUGAAUGUCAAGCUAAAUUAAAUGAUAAUGAAAAUGAAAAAGAAAAAAAGAUUGAUAAGGAAAACUGUACAGUUGCAUGGGGUAUAUGUAAUCAUGCUUUUCAUUUACAUUGCAUAUCAAGAUGGAUAAAAGCUAGACAAGUUUGUCCUUUAGAUAAUACAAAUUGGGAAUUUCAAAAAGCAACGGACUAA